UGUGUACGUCAUUGCAUGCAAGGUUUCUGUAUUUAUAACCACCUCAGAGGAUAUUGGAGGUCGCAAGUCACUUGAAUGGUUAAUUUGGGGGUCGCAGGCUGAUUUUGGGAACCCCUGCUUAACACCACUGUUUAUUUGAAAAAAAAAAAAAACAUACAUUUCUGACAUAUCUUAUAGCUUUUGGAAUAAGAUAUGCAGGAGGUUAUCCUCACUUUAAGAACAAAAAUUAAGAUGUUUAAAUGGCACAAUGUGGAUCAAAGCCUAAAAGGGGCAGAUUCAAAGGGUUGUUUAACAUCAUAUGUGAGGUACUUUAAGCUGAAACCUCACAUGCGCACUCUAGGGACAUCAGAGACUUAAUUUACAUAAUCCAUUUUAUAUGCAUUGUUCACUUUGGUCUUUUGACCACCAGAUGGCCAAACAUAAACACUGGUACACAGCGUCAACUGUUAUGAACCCCUAACAAAGACUUGGUGCUUUUUUUUUACAUUUUGGAUCUAUUUUUUCCAACUUUUUGAAAAUAAUAGGCCUAGUUUAACAAUAAUUUUAAAACACGGGACAGCACCUAGAUCACACAUGACAAAUUAUAUACAUUUCACUUUAACUUUUAAUUUCACUUUCACUUUCACUUCAAUCUUGCAGACAGAUUUCUGGACCAUUUCUCAAAGCCUUGCUGAAUUUAAUUUAAUUUAAUUUUUUUAACUAAAAAAAAAGUCAGAAUCCACGUCCCUGAGACUGGUUAGAUUUUCCCUUUUGUCUGAUCAACUAUAAGAUAACAACAGCAAAACAGGAAGUACAGUUCAGUUCGUUCAGCUACAAACCAAACCAAACCACAUUAAACAAAUGGCCGAACAAACGUGAUUGGCUCACCCAACAGAUCAAACCAUGCAUGCAAGAGAAUCAGGCCACAGAAGGUUUCCGUUUGACACCGUUUUUGACACUGAGAAUGUAACUGCAAGUCACUGUACACCCAAGAUUAAUGAUUACAUGAUAAUUAUGAUAUGAAUAAAUGAUUAGAAACCAAGUAAAAACAUCCGAUUUACUUUACAAUUCAACUUGCUCACAAAUCAAGUAUUCAAAUAGAUCAACACUCCUAUAUUUAACAGACAAAUACUUAUUUAAAAACGUGAGUUUUUACUGUGGAGGGGGGAGGGGGUCUUGUUCAUAAUGAAUUUGUAUACCAUUAAAAUAUGUUUAAGACUUAAUAAGUACUAGAAGAUCUUUAUAUAAUAUGUUCAAAACUUUCAGAUAAGAUCAGAGCGUGUGGUUGUGAACUAGGAAGGUUAGCGUGUGUUGGGGGAGGAUUCACACAUCAAACACACAAGUUUUAACGGAUGGCAUUAUUAGAUCAGACAACAAACCGAAGAAAAUGUUGGUCUCAUUCUGUUUGUGCUGCUGGUGUCUUACUGGUGGGUUUGGAGAAAUUGUGUCAGUGCUGGAGGGAGAUUCUCUCCUUUUACGUGCUACUGAUAUACAUCAAGAUGAUGAUUUGGUAUGGAAAUUCGGCGCUGAAAAAUCUUUGAUUGCAGAAAUGAGUGGAGCUGCUGGAAUCUUCUCCAUAUUUGAUGAUGUUCUUGAUGGGAGAUUCAGAAACAGACUGAAGCUGGACAAAAUCACUGGCUCUCUGACCAUCACAAACAUCAGAACUGAAGAUGCUGGAGAUUAUGAACUCAAGAUCAGUGGUGCAAUACUGAGGGAUACAACAUUCAGAGUUUCUGUCUAUGCACGUCUGCCUGUCCCUGUCCUCAUCAGGGACUGUUCUUCCUCCUCAUCUUCAUCAUCCCAGUAUAACUGUUCAGUGGUGUGUUCAGUGGUGAAUGUGAGGUCUGUAAAUCUCUCCUGGUACAAAGGAAACAGUGUAUUGUCCAGCAUCAGUGUGUCUGAUCUCAGCAUCAGUCUCUCUCUACCUUUGGAGGUGGAAUAUCAGGAUAGAAACACCUACAGCUGUGUGAUCAACAACACCAUCAGCAACCAGACCACACAUCUGGACAUCAACACACUCUGUCAGACAUGUUCAGAUAAGGGGGAAACAUUACCAUUUUUAUAUCAGAGUCUUCUCCUAUGGCAGAUUGUGCUGAUCUCUGCUGCUGCGGGAUUUCUGCUGAUUGUAACAGUAAUCGGGAUCAUCUGCAUCAGCAAGAAAGGAAAAACAAUUCGGACCAAGAAGAAGAACACAAAACAUUCAGCCUUGAGUAAACCAAAAAAACGAAAAACGAAAUCAAAAACAGAGGCAGUGUAUCAAAACGUCCCCAAAAAACGAUGAUCCAACACUGGAUCUGUACUGGAGAUGGUUUUGAAGCUCCCAGCAUGACCUCUUUUGAGAGCACUUAUUUAUGGAUUCAUUCUCGGUUUUGUUUUUAAUAUCAUCAUCAUUAUCAUCAUCACCACAUAUUUUGAGUUUUUCUAA